GAGAUAGACUAUCCCUGUUAAUAGCAACAAAGGUAGAGGAUAUAGGCAUAGUUGCCAGUUAGGUGGGAGAUGUUCAAGUUAUCUUCUCAUUGACUUGAUUUUCUCAGUGAAGUAGGAAUCGAGGUCAUCAGCUGAGUGAGAAGGUGGGAAUGGAAGUGUUGGAGACUGAGGAAAAUAGGAAAGUGAAUGUACUAGAAAAAUAAAGUAGCGUAAGGGUUCUUUGGAGGUUAAUAGUCAGGAAUUUAUUCACUCUUUUUUUUUUCUUUUUUAGGCGCACGGGCUUAGUUGCUCCAUGGCAUAUGGAAUCUUCCCAGGGCAGGGCUCGAACCCGUGUCCCCUGCAUUGGCAGGCAGAUUCUUUACCACUACGCCACCUAGGAAGUCCAAUAGUCAGGAAUUUAAAGUUUCAGGUGUUUGGGAAAGCAGGUUGGAAUUCUGUGCUGUUUCCUACAAAACACAGUGGAUCUAAGCCUUUUCCACGUUAUGGAUAUAAACCCUCCCCGCCGAAUGGAUGUGGCUCCCCACUGUUUGGUGUGCAUCUUAACAUCGGCAUUCCUUCCUUGACGAAGUGCUGCAACCAACACGACAGGUGCUAUGAGACCUGCGGCAAAAGCAAAAAUGACUGUGAUGAGGGGUUUCAGUAUUGUCUCUCCAAGAUCUGCCGAGAUGUGCAGAAAACACUAGGGCUAGCUCAGCAUGUGCAGGCGUGUGAAACCACUGUGGAGCUCUUGUUUGACAGUGUUAUACAUUUAGGCUGUAAGCCGUACCUGGACAGUCAACGAGCCGCGUGUAGGUGCCGCUAUGAAGGAAAAACCGAUCUUUAAAGAAGAUGCUGACAGGUGGCGACAACCGAUGAGGACAGAAGAACAUAACCUUUGACAAAGAGCAAAUGUUUUUACCCAUAAAGCUGCCUUAUUUUUGUGAAAGGAUUAUUUUAAGACUUUAUUUUGACAUUAAAACUUCAAACUAAAGAAACAAAUGCAGGUUCUCUUCCUGGGUGAUGCUGCCUCAGUGUGUCACACUGUCUUGACCAGCCACAGAAGGAGGCGCAUGUUAAGGGGAGAAGUUUUUAAAAGAAAGUCUAACUCAAUUUUCACAACUGUAUUUACCAAAAAAUAAGGUCAAAUGUAAAAUUCAUUAUAAAGUAUGUUCAACAUUAUCUUAUUUGGAAAUAUGGGGAAAUCUUCACUUAGAAGUAUGUUUGUUUACUGUAAAAUUUAAAAUAUACACUUAUGCC